CAGAAGGGGCGCACGAGACGGCAGCACGCGCCCGCUCCCGUAUGUGGACACUCCAAAAAAUGUGUAAAGAAUUGCAAAAGCUGGAUGUGUUACACUGGAAGAUAAACGCAACAGCCGUUCAUCAGUUGUAAGAAUGUAAACAAGAUCACCGGUGGAGCUUUCCCAUGCACCUACAUCCCUUCCAUUCCAACCUUCUAGAAUGUUCCUGAAGACAGUUCCUCCGGUGGUGGCAAUUCACUCGGAAUGGAGGUCCAAUAAGAGCUGCAGCCUGCCUCUCUUUUUCAAUGACAGUGCCUCCGACAGCGACCUUGCCUCUGUUAGCGGCACCCCCAUCCCACAGAAGAUCCAGAUGAUUAUAGAGAGCCUCCACAGCACCCAGUCUUCGGACAUGAGCGAAAACGUGCAGACCGAAAAGGCUGCUCAUUCCAGCCACGAGGCUGGCUACAAGGGUCAAAUGCGACUCAUGGACACGUCUGCGAGAUCCCGGCGAACAGGGGUGGACACUAAGCUACAGACCGCCAGAUCUGAUACUGGCGAUGUUUCGGACAGUGACGAUUCUGUGGACAGAGGCAUUGAGGAGGCCAUUCAGGAGUAUUUGAAGGAGAAGGUGGACCACAAGCGCAAAGGGGAUCCGAUGACAAGUUCGCCCCCAGCACCCAAGCUUCAGCGGAGGGAACCAACUGUCCCAGAUGCUGCUAAACAACACACACAUUCCAGUAGUGGUAAGGUGCUAACUGCUAGCAAUCAUAUACAGAGAGCCUUGAGUGGGACGCAGCCCCUAAAGAAGAAAGUCAAGAAGAAGAAGCUAAGCAAAGAAAAUCCCUUUAAGAAAGCAGACACAAGUAAAGUUUUGCCUAUAAAAAGUCUUCCUCCACCCAGAGCUAAGAAAGGAUCUUCCUCGUCUUCAGAGAUGGACAGAUCUCCACCUCGUCUUGUCAUUAAAGAGGAAGAGGAAUGGCUUGAUUCAAGCAGUGAUGAUGGAAUUGAAGAGGAGAUUCAGAGAUUCCAGCAGGAGAAAAAAGAAAAACAGGAAGGUGAAAAAGAUGCCCUGAGUUCUUCACGACACAAGGAGGACUCUGAAUCGAGCAGCGAUGAAGGUAUUGAGGAAGCCAUCCGUCGCUUCCAGGUAGAAAAACACAAGCAGAAGAAAAAGAAAAGUCCUCUCAAACCUGCCCAACUUGUGCCUGCGCAACGUAGCAGAUCAGCUGUCACUUCUCCCGAAUGCAUGAUCACUCAGCCAUUCAAAGCACUGUCCAAGAAGAGCAAGAAGAAGUUGACAACCAAGAAGUCUAAUCUCCCUACACCACUGGGUGUAAGCCACUUUUUGAACAAGUGUACAUCCCAGAGCUCUAAAGUCAAAGGAUGUGCACCACCCCUUUCAAACCCAAAACAAACCCACACUGAACAUCAGAUCCAUUCCAGUCUCAAGGUCAACACUGCUGAGCUGUUGUGUGCUGAAGCCAUUCUAGACAUCUCCAAAACCGUCAUGCCCGAGGUGUUUGAGCCUAACUUAAGCAUUGCUAACAGAAAUUUUCUUCAGACGCCAACAUUCCUCACUGUUGCACCAUCUGCGGAUAAAAGUGAUGAAAGCUCUGUUGACAGUGAGGACGGAAUUGAACAAGAGAUAAGAAAAUUUUUGGAACAUAAAGCAAAGAUGAACAAAGAGCUUCCGACAACAGCAGGUGCACCUUCGCCAGCUUCAGGAGAUCCCACAGCAAGCAAAGAACCAAAGAAGAAGAUGAAGGAAACCCAGCCGAAUAAAGCAGUAAGGCUCUCCCUGUCAAAAAAACGCAAGUUCAAAGAAGAACAAAGCAAACUUUCCAGAGAUGGUGAAUUAGUUUUGAAUGUUAAAGAGGAGCCUCCAGGGACACCUCUGAUUCAUAGUUGCUCCACCAGACCAGAGCUUUUAACCACUCCCACUGUGACAUCACAUUCAAGUAGUCUAGCCACCAUGAAAAACAGUAAACUGAAGCAGAACUCCCCACCUCGUAAGGGUACAGAUAGUAGUGCACCCAAAGACAAAGGUUCCACUUACAGUAUGUCCAGCCCAAAGACUGUGAUUGGCUCAGAGAGAAACGACAGCAGUGACAAAAGCAGCUCCCUGGACAGUGAUGAGGAUCUAGAUGCUGCAAUUAAAGACUUGCUUAAGACAAAGAAAAAAGUCAAAAAGAAAGUGAGAGACCCGAAGGCAAGAAAAAGUGCCAGACCUUGCGAGGCAUCAUCUUUGGAUGCUGUGAAAAAACAGAAACCUUUAACAGACCAGAAGAGUAUCCCACCUUCCAAGCUUGUUAAGUCUAGCAUCUUGAAAGGUGGCAAAGAGACACUGAAUGUUCAGACUAAAAACGACAAGAGUGAUAAAAGCAAAGCAGUUAAAGGCAAAUCGGAAGUCCAGAACAUCAAACAAUCUAAAAGCCAUGCACAAGCCGACAAGGUGACUGGGAAUGGUGGGGUUCCCAAGCCCCAAGAUGUGGACAUACCUUCUUCCAGUCCGCAUGCAGAUGACGAUGACAGUUCUGUGGACAGCGAUGAUAGCAUUGAGCAAGAGAUUAGGAGAUUUCUAGCUGAAAGAGCCAAGGAGUCUGCACCUCUCACUGCAAACACCAAUCAGGAGGACGUGGCCGUAGACUCCUUGACCACACCUGCGGAGUGUGAUUUUAAACCAGAACCUCAAACGAUUCUAAAUGAAACUCCAAUGUCUACUUCAGCAUUAACCUCUGGUAGACUCUUCAAGAGUGAAACGCAAGCAGAAUCCAUAGGCAUACCUGCAAGAUCCACGGAUGCACCUGCAGAACUCAACAAGGGGCCAGUCCUGACACCAGGCAGCUCUUGCAUUAUGAGUUUUAGGAGGACCGAAAGUCAAAAAAUUGAGAAUUCGACUCAAAGAGAUCCAAAGAAUGGCAGCUCCCAGACAGGAAAGGACACUCCAACAGGUCAUACCAUCAAACCCAACUCCUUCACUACGCCCUCUGUGAGCUCCGAGAUGCCCCGAUUAUCGGGUCAUCAACACCAGAACCUAUUCCUGAUGAGGCCCGUGAACAGCAGUAUGAGCGACAUCAAGGAACUUUCCUCUGCAGAGAGUAAUGACCUUGCCGUCAGCCGCCAGAGUAGAUCAGCCACUAGGAUACCUUUGAAGGAAGUAAUUAGUUCUCUUUGUCCCUCGCCUAUCUCGAAACCUCAAAUUAGUUCCCCUGCUGUCACCACUGUUGACCUCUCGACCUCAGCGCCCCCUAGGGGCAGGACAGAGAGACUUUACUUGCAAAACCGCCUGAAAAUUGACCGACAUCUCUCAGAUAGACCACACUUAUCCCCCGCCACCUCGCACCUGUGCCAGCCCUCAGCUGUACUGCAGGUCCACCAGGACAGCAGUGUAAUCCAGUUACAACGGGACCAGGUUGCUUUCCCAACGCCCUUAGCAAAGACAAACCACCUGCAGGUCAGCCAGAUUGAGGCAAUUGAGUCCACUGCAAGUUUAGGAGAAAGACAAAGGGAGGGAGGAAGUGUUAGCAAGGAAGGGAAAGAGCAGGAAGAUGAGGAAGAGAAAUGUGUUGAUGAGACAGAUGUAGAGUCAGAUGAGGAAAGGAAAGAUCAGAAGACAAAAGACAGGAGGAAGCAGCCCCCUAAUCAGUGAGUACCUACCUGUUCUCUCCAAACACACACACAUAUCAGUUGAGGGAACAUGGUCGCCAAAAGCCCAGUAUGUACCCAUGCUCUUGUUCCAUCUAAGAUACGAAAGACUUCUUCAUAAAAUUGUUGAUGUCUUUAAUUAGAAAGAUUAAUGAGUAUUUUGGUCAUUUGUUCGGGCGGAUCUAUGGAUCCAAAUCUGUGAUUCGCAGGUAUUUUGCAAGAUUCCCAACCAUACAGCCGAUAUUUUUCUUCGGCUUUAAGCAUUAGUUGUUUUAUUUUAGCAUUAGCCUGACGGACUGCAGCGUCUCAUCCUGCAUUUCAGUGUUUCUGUCUUUUUGUACUGUAUUAUUUAGGCUCCAAGUGACGACACUUAGGACUCUUUGAGUGUACCACAUCCUUUUUUUGUAUGUUUGUACAUUUAUAAAUAUAUUUAAAAGCAGACAUGAUGUCAUGAAGAGAGAUUAAACUUUGUUUUUUAUUGUUUGUGUUGUAUUUUCUCUGCAGCAGCUGCAUUUCUGAAUGGAACGUUGCUUUUUGAGAAAUUCUCAUUUGAGACUGCAAAAAGUAAUUGCAAUUAAAAACCGA